AUGGAAGAGAUGGUCAAGAGACGCCCGCUAAUCGCUAGCAGAGAGAGAGGGCCGGGACCUGGUCGCUACGCUCCCCCUACGGUCGGUUACAUCAACCAUGAUGUCACCAAGCCCAGCAGCCCUGCCUACUCCUUCCACAGCCGCAUGAGCAGCGCCAUGGUCUCUGUGGACUCCAGCCCAGGUCCCCGGUACCACAUUGAUGCCAAGAUGACCCGGUUUGGCGCGUGGGGAACCCCGUCCUACACCAUGCUGGGCAGGGGACGGCGUGCCGCACAGUUGCUCCAGACGCCAGGGCCAGGAGCUUACAGCCCAGAGAACGCUCCACCACUAAACUCUCAUCGCAGACCGCCAUGUUACACCAUCGGCUCCCGCACCCGAUACCGAUCUGUGGAUACUGUGCCUGCGCCCAACAGGUACACACACUCCCCAAUCUGAUGGGGUUCCCAGAUUCCCAACAAGUCGUCCAGCGCCAGGUACAGCUUCUCAAGGCGGAUGGAUGUCGGAGGCCACCCCUCCGAGGACCUGUCCAAGACCCCCGGGCCGGGACGAUACAACAGCACCAACCCGGAUGUCUACCUACAGCGCCAGCCCACCUUCUCCAUGCAGGGACGCACAAAGAGGCCAAGCUACUCUUUAGCCGUCCCAGGGCCCGGGAACCACAGCCCAGAGAAAGUGCUGGUGCACCCUCCCCAGACCGCCGUCAUUCACCCUGGUGUCAGGCACUCUGAGUUUGUCACCCCGCUGGUGGUGGACGUAAUUGACUGA